CUUGGGGAAGUGCUAGAGGUCAAAGGUCACCAGGAGGGCCAGGUCCCGGAAGCGGAAGCGCAGUGCACUUCCGUCGCGCAGCAGGCGGCCAUGUUGGAGCGGCGGAGGCGGCGCAGAGGUGCGUCCUGGGUCCCAGCGGCGGCGCCGGUGCCAAGUGCUGGUUUGUGGAUACCCAGGCAGAUCUGCAGUGCCUAAUGCCAUGAGCAUGGUAGUGCACCAUGUGGAGGAGAAAGCGGUACACUCCUGGUCACGCAUCUCCACGGCAGGGAAGAAAGCCCUGGAAGAGGCACUGCUUGUGUUUAAUCCCAUGAGCCAGGAUCUCAGUGCCACAGAGGCCCAGCUUGUAGCCUUCCUACAGGGCCUGCGAGACGAUGGCUUCCAACCGACCAUUCUGCGAAGUGGUGAUGUCUAUGGCUAUAGUUCAUGCACAGCCAACCCUCCCAGCCAGACAAAGCUACAAGCUCGCACCACCAACCCAUCUGCCACAUCACUUCCCUCCAGGGCUCCCCAAACUGCUGUGUCGCUACCUGCCAGCCAGGCCGCUCUGCUCCCUGUGCCAAUGUCUGGCAGGCUGGCUAAGGGGUCCACACCAGCCCUUGCCAAGCAUGCUACCACUAACCUGCUGCUGAGCUCCCUGAAGCAGUCAAAUGGCAGCCACACUAGUGGUGCAACAGUAGGCUUUCCUGCCCACCUCUACCCAGGUGUCUACCCUGCCAUGCGGCUCUCUGUGGUCCUGGAAGCACUUGUCCCACUCAAGGCUCCUUGCUUGGGUGCUAAGCACAGGGCACAGUCACUGCAGCUGUCCCUUGCAAGCUCUUCACUGAAACUGAGGAAAGGUUCGGGGAACCCACAGUCCAAAGCAUCCGGGAAAAUCACAAGCAAGGGCCUCAAAUGCCUAAGUAGGAAAGGCCCUGGGGCUGAUCGACGAGGCGCUGGUCCCCAGAGCAGUGGCCUGCGCACUAAAGGGUGCUCUGCCUUGGGCACCAAAGCAGUCCGGGCCAAGGCAUCUCAAACACUGACCAAAGCUGCUCAUGCCCACACCAGUCUAGCUCGAACCCAAAACAAGACAGUAAGGGUCAGGGCCAAGGCAACAAAGUCCAAGCCCAGGGCAGCGGGAGCCAAAACCAAGGUCACUGUGGUAAGGGACAAGGCUAAAGCCAAGGUGGUCAAGGCCAAGGCCAAAGCAGCUCAGACCAAGCACAAGGGAAGGCCAAAAGGCUCUGUUCAGAGCAGAACUGGAAGGACAAGUCUGAAAAGUGGCUCUGAGACUGUGGGCAAGAAGAGGAAGAAGGCGGAGGAGGUAAAGGGUCUUCCUCCUAAGAAGAGAGCGCGGCUUGUGCUCCAGCCUCCUAAGGCAUGGCUGCAGCCUGGAGCACAGCCUGGCAAGUCGCAGACUAUAAAGGUGGACAGGAAGUCCUCAGACGAUGAGGUCCGACAGCGGGCUCAGCAGGUCCUCCGUGUGGACCUCUCUCCCGUAGUGUGGCUCCAGCCACUGAUUCCGUACUCAGCAUCCUGAGUCAUCCUUGGCAGCAGCGCUUGGGAAAACAGUUGUGCUGUCGGUGUGACCAGCAUCAUAGUGUGCUAUGCUCGUGGACUCUGCAGUUUUCCGGUCUCUGGGUACCUCCAGGACCCCUGUGGUCGUCAUCCUUUCAGAAGCUGAGGAUUUGGGGUGGGGUGGGUAGCGGGAAGGGUGUUCUCGUGGCUCAAUGCACUGUGACUUGUUCUUCAAGUUGUACGUCCAAUGUUCCAUCUAUCAUGUUUUAUACCUUUCCAUCUUCCGGUCUCCCUGCUCACCUUCCAUGGUCUUAUUGAUUGAUUGAUUUUGAUGUGUGUGGACUGCUGGCAGGAGUCUGCCAGAAGUCUCCCUAGGAACAGGCUUGGAGAGAAUGCCCUGGUAGCUUGAAGCAGGUCAUCUGUUUGAAUGAUAGGGUAAUACUAUGAAAGGGUAAAUCUCCCAGGCAUCUGUAGAUGUGUGAGAGAGAUCCUGAGGGAGGGGCAGAGCCACUGUGAAGUAGGGCACCUCACCUUGAGUGGCCCUGUUUUGGACCAGAUGGGCCUCAUUCAGGAUUGCAAGGCACUCUGGGAAAGCCUGCAGCUCGUGGGUACUGCUCUCUGGGGCUGAGCCUUGAGGCUCUGUGUGAAGGGCUUAUCUAGGGGAGGGAACAAGCUGAAAAGGCUGCUGCUCUGCUGAAAGUGACUAGCCUGGGUGUCCCUAGAGGCCCGGCUUGGAAUCUGAACCACAAAACCUGCCCUUACUAUCCAAAGAAUUUUCUCUGUGGUAACUAACUGGUGGAUCCAGGAAGGCUUAAACCUGUACCUCAGCAGGGUUUUCUGACUGGAUUCCACAUGCUCCAUCUUGUGCAGGAGUCCAGCCUCACUGUGAUGCCUAACAUGGCCUGUGGACAUUAUUAAUACCUUCCGCUUUGGAGAAGAGGCUGGGUCCUGAGAGGGAGCAGCUGCUGUACCCAUUUGAGGUCCACUGGUAGCCACUGAGGCUGGAGGGUAGUGGCUAGGAAGUAGGGAAGCUGCAAUCCCUGCACUUGGGAAUUUGAGUACGAGUUUGAGGUCAGUGUCAGUUACAUUGUGAGGACCCCCCUCCCACACCCACCCACUCACAUCUCUCUCUCUCUCUCUCUCUUUUUUUUUUUUUUUUUUGGUUUUUCAAGACAGUGUUUCUUUGUGUAGCCCCUGGCUGUCUUGGAACUCACUAUGUAGAUCAUGCUGGCCGUGAAUUCAGAGAUCUACCUGCUGGGAAUAAAGGUGUAUACCACCAGACCAAGCCAGGGGACUGGAGAGAUGGCUUAAUGGUUAAGAGGACUUAAUUGCUCUUCCAGGGGACCCAAGUUAGAGUCCCACAAAAAAGCAGCUCACAAACACUUGUAUCCAGCUUGGGGGUUGGGGGGGUCCCACACCCUUUUACUUCCAUGAUUACAGGCAGGCAAACACAAUUUUUUUAAAAAGGCACAACUGGAUAAAGUAUCAGCUCUUUGGGAAAAGGCUGUCUUGAGAAUCUUGAACUGUAGUGAUGUUAUAAGCAAAGGAAUCACGUGAAGUCCCUUAAAUGAAAACUUAAUGGCUGGGGCUGGAGAGAUGACUCAGAGGCCCAGAGCACUGACUGUUCUUCCGUAAGACCCAGGCUCAGUUCCCAGGGCCUGCCUGGCAGCUCACAGCUGUCUGUAACUUAAGUCAGGGGACCUGAUGCCCUUGCCUGCUUUCAUUGGGAACAAGAAAUAAAUGAAUAAGAAAGUAAGUUUAUUGUCUUUACAACAGUAAUAAGGAUAAUAUUAAUGAUAGACCAAGCCAGGGCUGGGAGAUUGAUGGCUUAGCAGCUAAAGUACUUUUCUGGGCAGAUCCCUAGAGCUCAAGUAAAAGCCUGGUGUGUGCCUGAACAGCAGCACUGGUCAAGUGACAAAACCUAGAUUCAGUGAAAGACCUAUCCCAAAAAGUAAGAUGGGAGGCUAGAGAGGUGGCUCUUGUUAAGAGCGUGUUCUCACACCGAUAAGUGGACCUGAGUGGUCUCCACACUAAUGUUAAGUCCCUCACAACCACCUGCAACUCUAGUCCCAGGGGAUCUGAUUCCCUCUUCUGUCCUCCAUGGGCCUCAAUCUCCCUCUCUCUGUGGAUGUGGUGGCACACAUCUCUAAUCCCAGCACUUAGGCAGCAGAGGCUGGUUGAUCUUUGUGAGUUCAAGGCCAACCUGGCCUACUUAGUCAGUUCCAGGAUAAUCAGGGCUAUGUAGAGAGUCUGUUGAGGAAAAUAAAUAAAUGUUCUCUGUCUCUCUGAGACAGAGUCUCACAAUGUAGCUUUGAGGGAUCUGGCACUUGCCAUGUAGAACAUCCUAGACUUGACUGCCUAGAGAUCACCUGAGUACUGGGAUUAAAUGCAUGCACCACCAUGUCCAAAAUUUUUAAAAAAUAUUUUGUUUUGGUUGUUUUGAGACAGGGUUUCUCUGUGUAACCCUGUCUGUAUUGGAACUAGGCUGGCUUUUAACUCAAAGAUCUUCCUCCCAAGUGCUGGGAUUAAAUGCAUGUACCACUGUCAGAUGUAAAAUUUUUUUUUUAAUUUAAGAUUGGGAGCUAUAAAGAUGACUCAGUUGUUAAAAGCACUUGUUGCUGUUGCAAAUGACUAGGGUUAGGUUCCCAGCAUCCACAGGGUAGCUCACAACCAUCUGUGACUCCAGGUCAAUCGGAUUUUGCCUUCUUCUGGCCUCUAAGGGCACUGCAUGGAUAUAGUAUAUAGCCAAACAUGCAGGCAAAAUAAAAAUACAUAAUUUUU